ACGCCAUGCUCGUGAGGCAGCUCGCGCGCGAGAGCCGGUGGAAGCGGUGCCCGAGCUGCAAGAUGUACGUCGAGAGGAUCGACGGAUGCAACCAGAUGACAUGCAGGUGCCGCUUCAGGUUCUGCUACCGGUGCGGGAGGCCCAGCUACAGGGGCCAGGUGGGAGCAACAGGGCUGGAGCCAUGCAGGUGCAACGACGCCGGGCUCGCCUUCGCCAUGGCGCAUCUCCACCAGGCUCACCCCAACCUUGUCGACCAAGCCAUGCAGCUGCCGCCCGUGGACCCCCUGGACCCGCCCCCGGCGCCGGAGGUCGUCCUAAACCAGCAGGCCGUGUGGGACGAGGAUGAGUUAGUGGAGUACAACUGGGAUUAGUCGGUAACAUGCAUGCAUGUAGCGCGCGGAAGAUCGGGUAACAUAUGAGCAUGCAUGCCCAACUGUUUUUACUUCUUGUCAAGUGACACUGUCAUUUUCCUGGUUGGAACUGAAAGAAUUUGGAUGUUUGGACUUGGUUGAGUUUCUCUCAUUUCGCUACUAUACAUUACUCCAAGAGGAUGUCACCUUGUAUGAUAUAUGUCAUGAUGUAGCAACAUGUUACUGUUGCUGAUUCA